ACGGAAAGAUCCGAGUAAUGACGAUAUCAUGCAAUUGACAGUUCGAGCACAGGUGAUUUAUUAAAAAGGUAUUUUAUCAUGUCAAAAGAAUGUCAUUAGAAUUAAGACUUUUGUGAGUAUCCUGUUACUUUGAGUAAACUUUUGAGGAGCUUUGCCUUUGUGGAUCGAGGACAACUCAUACCAUGACUUGGGAGCCGACACAUGUACAGUUUACAGUGUUGAGAGCCAGAAACCUUGUUGGCAAGUUGAAAAGAAAGUCAAGUGCCAAAAUAACAGAAGUGUUCACAUCAAUAAGUCUGGGUAAAGAGAAGUUUCAGACCUCCACCAUCAAGUAUGGAAGCAAGGCCAAGAAUAGCGUGGAGUGGUUUGAAGAGUGUGACCUGCUGAUCCCAGACAUGCAAUGCAGCAUCGAAGUGAAUGUCAUGAAUCGAGGCAUGCUGUCAGAUGAGUUCAUUGGCUAUGCAAGCAUACCUCUUCAUGAGUAUGAGGUGUACGACAGGCCCACUUGUAGAUGGGUACAACUUGGACAGAAGCCAAGCAAGUUGCCGGAUGGGCGUUGUCGUGGUGAGCUAGAGGUGAGACUGUCCUUCCAUGUGAAGUCACGUUCUAAAGAUUCUUCACCUUCCAAUCUGAAAAAUAAACAUACUGGAUCCAUAAAGUCACUGGUUACUGCUGUUGGAGAUAAAUUAAAAUUUUCAAAGACCAACUCAUUACGUGGUGAUGGCAGCCAGAUUUUCUCCACUCCCCAACCUAACAAACAAAAGAAGGUACCCGGUAAGCCUGCACUUUCCAGUGAGCAUGCAGACACGAGCGCUGUCACAUUUGAUGCUGUAGACUUGUACGUGCCUGAGCAGUGCUGGAGAGAGAAUGAGUUUGCAAGUGACCUGGGUGAUGGGAACUUUGCAAGGUCAUACAGUUUAACGACAGACAAAAGACGUCAUGGCCAAGAUUAUAAGAGUCGUUCGUUGAUGAACCUGCCUGGUGAGCAUAGUGCCACACUGCCAAGUCGUGGGCGUGCCAGAGAGCGACCUACCCUGGACAGCAUUGAAGCGGAGCAGUGGCAGGGUGGUGUGCGCAGCUCUCGUGGCUCCGUCACCUCACAUGAGGGCUACCUGGAGAGCAUGUUUCGACGGGAGUGCGAGGUUGACGAGCAGAUGGCCCGGGCCAACAGGGAGGGAAUAGAGGAGGAGGAAGAAGGGGAGGAGCAGCGCAGAGUUGCAGCACAGUUCUACGGGGGGUCUGACGUGAGCGAAGUUAGCUCAGACACACACACUAGCAGCCAGUCAGACUCAGACGAACUCGUGGAACUUCCAAAAGUUAGAUUAAAGAAAAAUCUCGAUGAAGAGAACAGUGAUGUUGAUGAUAAAGAGGUCAAGUACAAUUAUAGUGGGGAUGAAAAUGAUAAAACUGAAGGAUCUGAGAGGCAUGAUAAUAAUCAUGAUGCAGAAUGUGAUGAAAAUGACACUAAUUCAGAUGUGUUCAAUCCUAGUGCUAGUCCAUGUGAAUAUACUGGUGAAUUAGAUAGAGUAAUAGCGCGAGAGAAUAGCAGACGUAAUAGUGAAACGUUGAAUUCUCGCGGGACAAGUGAUGGUCGCACGUCCACCCACACGUCUUCUAGCAGUAUCAGCUACCAGGGCAAGUCAGCCAGCCAACGAGCCUACGAGAGAGGCUCCUCUGACUCCAUGUCUAGCCCGCGCCGGAAGAUUUCACCUCUCGAACAGUUCAGUAUCACAUCACAGACUUCAAAUGAAGAAAACAAAGGACAACGAAGAAAAAGUAAAUUGUAUGCUAAAGGAGGUAGGCGUUACACGGUGCAGGGUAUCCCAAGUCACAGGUCGGCUCCUGACAUCCGGGACCAGCGACCCGUGUUCAGCCGGGAAGAGAGUGUCCCAGGGGAUCUAAUGGCUGUCUACAGAAACAUGAAUAGAGAGGAGCUGAUCAAGCUAGUGGUGACCCAUAAGGCCCAGCUCAUCCGUAAGGACCAGUACAUCCAGGAGCUAGAGAGCUACAUAGACAACCUGCUGGUCCGUGUCAUGGAAACAAGUCCAAGAAUCCUGCAGAAUUUGUAACACUGCUAAGUCUGCAUAGAUAGUCCCAUUUAUCCUACAGACAUUCAAGAUACAAAAUAGUUUGUGUACCACUAUGUUUAUGGUUUCCUUCGCAUUCUUCUCUAAGUACAUGUAACACUGAAACCCAUCUUUAUGUACACAGUUGUUAUAAUUAUAGUUAGUUGGGAACAUAGCUGAUUGUUUGUUUAUGCACUUUUGUCUGUCAUGCUUUGUUAAACAAAGAGGUUGUUUAAUGAGGGGCAGGAUUACUUAUGAAGUCAACUGAUUGUUUCCCCUUGCUAACUAAAAAUAUUUGAAUAAAAGUUUGAGCAGGAUUGCAUAUUUAUGGUCUAGGGAUUGCCAUGUCAAGGAAUCUUUUCAACUAGAGAUAACAUGAAUAUGCCGAGAUGAAACUGAAUUUGUAGAUAGUCUUAACCAAGACCUGCUUGUGAAAUGACAAUGUCACUUUUAAAACUUAAUAAUUAGCCAAGUAAUUUUUAACCAGGUUUUCCGAAGGAAAAAACUGGUUAUUAGAUUGGCGAAUGCAGGCGGGCUGGCUGGCUGGCUGGCGGGCUGGCGGGCUGGCUGGCGGGCUGGCGGGCGGGCGGAACAAGCUUGUCCGGGCCAUAACUAUGUCGUUCAUUGUCAGAUUUUAAAAUCAUUUGGCACAUUUGUUCACCAUCAUUGGACGGUGUGUCGCGCGAAAUAAUUACGUCGAUAUCUCCAAGGUCAAGGUCACACUUUGAGUUCAAAGGUCAAAAAUGGCCAUAAAUGAGCUUGUCCUGGCCAUAACUUUGUCAUUCAUUGUGAGAUUUUAAAAUCAUUUGGCACAUUUGUUCACCAUCAUGGGACGGUGUGUCGCACGAAAGAAUCACGUCAAUAUCCCCAAUGUCAAGGUCGCCACGACUAAAAAUAGAUUUUUUUUAAAAACAAACUUACAAAGGGGGUUAAUUUUGUUUGUUCAUUUCAAAAGUUCAGUUUGAGUUUUCUCCCUUUAUCAGAUUUUUUUUUCACAAUGAAAACCUGGUUUUGUGACAAUUUUGUCCCUUGUUAUCCUUUAUUAAACUUCACAUGUUGAGAACUUUAACCCGGAUGUUGCUUGGAAUUGCAUGUGGUGAGGUUAAAAUCAUUGUUAUGUAAAAUAGAAAAAAGCCUCCCACUUCACGACUUCAAAAUUUUGAGACAUUUGAUCAACAUAUGUUCAUCUGAAACUUUUGGUGUCUUUUGGAAGAUAUACAGAAUGCUUCCUUAGCGGGGAUUGAAUUGGUAACCAGACAGUCUCUUGGCAGGCACAAUUGCCAUUACGCCAGGGCGACAUAAAAGGUCAGAGGUUAAAUUUUUACAUAAAAAUUGGCUUGUCCAGACUGAAGUUUAUAAUUCAUCAUGUAUUAUAACAGAAUUUACCAAACAUUUUAAACAUGUGGAGAAGGCUUUACACCGUUGGUUAAAUGUGAAGAUUACAAGAAAGGCCAAAGGUAAAAUAAGCAUUAUUGGAUAUGGACUGAACUUGUUGCCAACAGGCAUCUGCUUAGUUAUCAUAUCUUAUAAAAGGAGCUGGUUGUUGUUAAAUAUUUUUGUCAAAUAGCAGAAUGAUGUACCCCUCUCAAGUCUUAAAGAAGCCUAUGCAUUAAGAUGCAAAGGGGAAUAUUAAGAAUGAAUGGUUGUCUCCAGAGGCUUUUUGAACUUCUAAGUGGUAUUCAUAUCAAGAUAUUGCUUGGAAUUCACGUGGGAUGGGUAGGGUAAAGGGUACCAUAACUAAAAAAAUAACAAACAGUUAAUUUUUUUCCUGGCUAAUUUUUAUACAAUACAGUUGAAAAAAGUGCUUAACUUAAAAUCAUAAAUAAAAUCUGUACUGUAUAAUUUUAUAUGUUUUCUUGGACUGAAACAGGGUUAUCUUUUACUCAGUGAAGAUCUGAUAACGAUAUAAAUGCUGCCAUAACAAACUGCUUGAAACAAAUAAGCAGUGGGUGCAGAAUAUUUGUUUUGGUGUUAAGAAUUUUAUAAACUUUAUGUGUUAUAUUUAUUUCCUGUUUUUUAUUUUGCAAUUUAAGUGCAUUAUAUAGUUGAUCGACGUUUAUGGAUCAGAAUAGGCUAAAAUCAAGUCAGGAAUCAUAGAAUAUGCUUGAGAAAGCCUUACUGUAGGAACUAUAGCUGAUAAAAUAUUGAUGAUAAUAUAAUAAUCAUUGUGUGUAAUAAGUUCUUAGAUAAGGAUAAAUAUUUAUAGAAGAGCUGGUCCUGGCGUCAUCAUCUCAUUGCUGAUAUUAUAUAAGAAGGGUAUACACUACAUAUACAACCAUAUGGGUAUAUAUGCCGCUCUUCCCUAUAUUAUCUUUUAUUAUAAAUAAUAUCCAUUGCUUGAAUUGGAAAUGAUAUAUUGGUGUGUGUUUUUUUCAUUUUUACAAAAUUGUAACUACUUCCAAACUGGCAUUCAUUACUUUCUUUAAUGUUUUCAUUUUUUGCUAUUCAGUUCCUAUAAAUGUAUUUUUUAAUAAACAGAAAACAGUGACAGAACAAAGCCAGUUUGGGUGCAUUUAAAGUCACUUUCAUGUUAAAGAUAUAGUCUAGAAAUGUAUAUAAUGUGCUAACUUGACCUUAGAUUCUGACCUAAAUUUUUAAGGUAGGAACAAUCUUCAUGUAUUUAAAAAAAUGAAGUGCCUGCUCAGCAGUGCAGAAUAACUGCCUACAAUUAACUUUGAUGUGUUGAAAUCUAAGUAAAAACACAUUGUAUUGGCACAUUAUUUAAUUGUACAAUUUCCAUUUUAUGAUGUUCACGUGUUUAUUUCAGUAUUAAGGUAUUCACUGAUACAUGUAAAUAGGUUCAUAAUGCCUACAUGUAUUUUUCUUUAAUAUAAUAGAAUGUUUCUUCAUCUGUUAGGACAAUACAUGCAUGGUUAUGUUUAACAUUAUUAGCUCGCCUGAGCAUAAAGUGAAUUUUGUGUGCUAUUCUGGUCAGUUGCAGUCCGUUUAUGUUUUUAUCAGUUAUCACCAAUUUACUUCUGACCCUCUUGCAAAGAUGUUCUUAAAAGUCACAAUAAUUAUACAUACAUUUAAAGGGUGAAAAUGUGGGUUGAAACAAUCAUGGUCUGGGAUAAUAUAGUUAAUAAAUGCUGACUUUCUAAUAUUAAGAUAACUUUAAAAAUGUCUUCUGAAACCACCAGUUCCAUAGCUUUACUAUUUGAUACCUGUAAGUAACAAUGUGAAGUCCUCCUUUCCGAUGUUCAUUUAAAUGAUGUCCUUUGGUCAAAACUGGCCACCCCAAAUAUGUCAUAACUUUUUUCUCUAUAUCACAAGGCCCAUAGGGGUAAUACUCUCUGUGUCACAUUGCAUACCAGGUAAUAAUCUAUAAAGAUUAUUUAAAUGAUGGCCCUCUGGUCAAAACCAGUCUUAUCCUGGGAGACCCAAAGGUCAAUACAUGUUGCAUAAAAAAAAAUUAUACUAAAUUUCUUUUCUCAUACCACAGUUCAACCAUUAAUCAGGUGAGCAAUCUAGAGCUUGUCCCUCUUGUCUUGUAGUUACUUGUUUUAAUGGGAUUCUAUUUAAACCAUUAAUAAUUUGAUUGUUAAUUUAUUAUAAAGAUUUAUUGAAACAUCUUCAACAAUCAUGUAACAAUACUGAAAGUGGGAUACCUUUAAGUAGCGUUUUUAUUAGCUCACUUGAGCAUAAUGUGCUCAUGGUUAGCUUUUGUGAUCACCUUUAUUUAUUGCCCGAUCUUCAUGAAACUUGGUCAGAAUAUUUGUCCCAAUGAUAUCCUGGAUGAUGAGUCGGAUGAGUUCUAAGAUGGUUCAAGUUGGUUUGAAAACAUGGAAAGGGGGAGGGGCGUUUUCCUCACAUUGCUAUAGUAAAAUCUUGUUUAUCCUUCAGAGGCCACAAUUGUUGUCCAUUUUUAUUAGCUUGGCUGUUUUUGGAGAAAACCUGAGGUAUUGUCAUAGCCAGCUUGUCAUCCGUUGUCCGCCGUCUGCCGUCCGUGUCAUACUAAAACCUAAAAAUAGGCUCUAAAAUCAAAGUGCUUCCAUAUACAACUUUGAAACAUCAUAUGUAGAUGCACCUUGAUGAGUUUUACACGCCACACCCAUUUUUUGGGUCACUAGGUCAAAGUUCAAGGUCACUUCUGACAAGCUUUCAUUUAUUCAAAACUGCACCCACAGCUGAGCGUUCGCACCCGCUAUGCGGUGCUCUUGUCAAACAGAGUCUUAAUAUUUUCCCAAAUUUUCUUGAUCUUGAAUGAGUUCAAAUAUGGUUUAUGUUGGUUGAAAAACACUUUUCUUUAUAUGGCUAUAGUAAAACCUUAAUUGUUAACAGUCUAGAAGUCAGAUUUAUUUUCCAAUCUUCAUAAAUCCUGGUCGGAACAUUUAUUCUCAUAAUAUCUUGAAUGAGUUUGAAAAUGGUUCCCUUCUGUUAAAAAACAUGACUGCCAGAGGCCCGAGUCAUAUAUCCUAAGUGGCUAAAGUAAAACGAUGUUAACUCUUCAGAAGCAUACCGGUAUUUAUGUUCCAAUCUUGAUGAAACUUGAUCAAAACACUUAUUCUAAUGAUAGCUAGGCUGAGUUUAAAAAAGGUUAUGGUCUGUCAAAAAAUAUGGUCACCAAGGGGUGGGGUAUUUUUCCUUAAAUAGCUAUAGUAAAACCUUGUAAGCACUCUAUAAAAGUCACAUUGUAAGUCCAAUCUUCAUGAAUUUAGUCUAAAGAGUUUUCUUAUGAUAUCUGGGCUGAGUCUGAAAAUUGUUCCUCAACCUUUGCAAACAUGGCCGCCAGGGGGAAAGUAAUUUUUCCUCAUAUGGCUAUAGUACAACCAUGUUAACUCUCUAGAAGUCUUAAUGAAACUUGGUCAGAUUAUUUGUUCUAAUGGAAGCUUGGCUUAUUUUUCAAAAUGAUUAUGAUUAUUCGAAAAAUAUGGCCGUAAGUUGGUGCAUUUUUCCCAAUAUGGCUAUAGUAAAAUAUUUUCAACACUCUAAAAGACACAUUUUUAGUCAAAUAGAAGACACAUUUUUAGUCCAAUCUUCAUGAAACUUUGUCAGACCAUUUGUACUUAUGAUAUCUGGGCUUAUCUCAAAAAUGGUUACCAUCCGUUGAAAAAAUACCUGCUAGGGAGCUAGACAUUUCUCUUAUAUGGCUAUCAUAAAACCUUCUCAAUUCUUUAGUUGAUAUUUUAGUCAAGUUUGAAAAUGGUUUGAGAAACAUCUCAAAAGGUUUUGAGAGCAGUUUAGUUCCCUUAAGUAUGAGAUGAGAAACCAUGGGCCUCUGAAAUCAUGACACUGCACAUGUUGAACUCGUGGUCUCUAAAGCAGACUUGUGUAUGCUGUAUUUACUGUUAAUGAAUCUCACAGUUUCACACACAAAAACAGUACUCUUAAAACUUUAGAUCUGAUGCAUGUAUAUCAUUAUUAUUAAUUAUCUAUAUUGCAUUCUACAAUUUUGUUAUUGUUUCUAAAUGUUUAUCCAAGUUUUUGUAUGAAUAUAUGAAACAGAAUGUG